AGCCGUACCUGCGCCUGCGCCGCCGCCCCCGGUCCCCGCCGCGGCCGGUAAGUGCGGCCCCGCGGGGCUGCUGCGCGCUGCUGGCGGCGGCGACUCGGCACGGCCGCGGAGCAAGGAGCAGGGUGACUACAUGUCAGGAUGGCGACUUCCAACCUGGAGAACCAGCUGCAGAGCGCCCAGAAGAACCUGCUGUUUCUCCAGCGAGAACACGCCAACACACUGAAGGGCCUCCACGCCGAGAUCCGGCGCCUGCAGCAGCACUGCACAGAUUUAACCUAUGAGCUGACUGUAAAGAGUGAAGACCUGUCAGAAAAUGGCACUUCAAGAAGUGAUGAACUCAAAAGUAAGUGCAAAGAUUUGGAAGCUCAGCUGAAAGCCAAAGAGGCUGAAAACAGUGAGUUACUGAAAGAACUCGAACAAAAGAACGCAAUGAUAAUGGUGCUGGAAAACACCAUCAAAGAGAGAGAAAAGAAGUAUUUGGAAGAGUUGAAAAUGAAAAGCCAUAAGCUCAAUAUGUUGUCGAGCGAACUAGAGCAGAGGGCCAGCACUAUUGCCUACUUAACUUCCCAGCUGCAUGCAACUAAGAAGAAGCUGAUGAGCUCAAGUGGGACUUCGGAGGGGACCCCUUCUGGCAGUCCCGUGCUGUCCAGCUAUAAGCCGUCCCCCCCCAAAGACAAACUGCCGGAGACCCCGCGGCGCAGAAUGAAGAAGAGUCUGUCGACACCGCUGAACCCCGAGUUCGAAGAGGCCUACAGAAUAGGGUCGGAUAGUCGGAAGCUGCUGUUGAGAGAGCCCGUGGAUGCCAUGCCAGAUCCCACCCCGUUCCUCUUGGCCAGGGAGACGGCAGAGGUGCAUCUCAUUAAGGAGAGGCCCUUGGUUAUUCCACCCAUUGCUUCAGACCGUGCCCCGGGUGAGUCGCACAGCCCGGCCCGAGAGAAGCCGCACAAGGCCCACAUUGGGGUGGCGCAUCGCAUCCAUCACGCCGCGCCAGCCCAGCCCCAGCCGGAGGUGGAAACGCUGGCGGUGGAUCAGGUCCAUGGAAGCAAAGUGGUCAGGAAGCACUCAGGGACAGACAGAACUGUUUGAGUAAAACCACUGCAAUGCUCUGUUCUGUUGCUGUUUAUGCACUGUGAUCCUGUAGGAUAAUUAGCACCUGCAGUAAAGUUUCUUUUGACGCCCCAUGCAUGCCAAACUUCUUCCAGAUCCAUCAUUAAUAGAUUACUCUCCUCUAAGGAAACCUAAUAGGACUGUGUUCACAUGGCAAGGUGUAUAACUACUACAUGCUGUGGCCAAAUCAGGGGUACCUGACCGCUUGCUUCUGCGCACCGCUCCAUCAGUUGUAACCACUCGUGUGGACGAAGGUGCGGGCUGCGCUGUGAAUCACUAUUAGUGCAAACAAACCUAAGUAGAACGGCUGCCAGCGUUCCAGCUGCCGGGGGCUCCUUUGGCUUCACAUAAGCACUUCGCACCAACCUCCAUGGCAAAGCCUUUCUCACACUAGUGUUGAAGAGAGUGCAGAAGCACAUUAAAGUGAGCGAAGGACAUCGUCUUCUUCACGUGCACCUGGCUGCAAACUGUGUUCUUAGUUUCUCUGUCUCAAAGUCCUGAGUGUCCCAGUGAGCAUUACUUGAUUAAUCCCAAAUACUUUGGUUUGUGGCUUUGUUUAACACUGGGGGGGGUGAGGGUAAAGCACUCUUUUAAAGGGUUAAUGAUCUCAGAGUAUGAACACGGGGUGUUUGGGGGGCGUUUUUGGUUUGUUUCAGAUUUUAACUGAAUGGCUCCAUUACACAUUUCACUCUGUCAGCACACUGCACUUGUAGCACCUUCCAUACUGGCUCAGAGCUCCUUUUCCAGGGAGAGAACGCACCUGGCUGUCCAAUAUGGAAAUGGGUCUUUAUGCUCUAACCUGCACUUUUUUUCUAAAGGGAUGAUUUUUGUUUCCCAAAAACCCUGAGUCUUGUCUGGGCACUGUCAGCCAGUGCUGGCUUCUGCCAGCCUGGAAACUGAGCUGUCCCUCUUGAAUGUGUGUCUUAACAGUUAAGUGAUGUAACCAAUUCCUACAGGAGGAGAACCUGCCAUCCUGGAGUUCUGUCCUUGUGGAUUGGGAUGGACCUGCCUUGCACUUGCCCCCAUUCCCCUACUCCUUUCUAGUGAGCAACAGGUAGACCCAGUGGCUGUUAGACUACUUGAUUCUUUUUUAUCAUGUAUUUCCUAGGAAAGAAAGGCAUAGUGGGAGCUGUGGGGCUGUGGUUUGAGGAAAGGAGCACAAAUUGACCAUUCUUCUUAAAUUGUGAUCAGCACCUCCAGCUCACCUCUGCUUCACUCUCGUCUGCAGCCUCUGAGCAGGAGCAGCAGGAAACGAUGGCUCCCAAAUGCUGCUAAGCUUAUGAUGUGCCUUUAAAUAUUUGGAACGCAUAAUCCCAGUGAAAGCUGAUGAAGGAUCCCUGCCUGCCCUCUGUCCUUCCCCUUCCCAGCUCUAGUGUGCCCCGUAAGCUUUCCUGCAGCUGUGUGUUGGUGUGUGUCCCUCAGGAGCUGUGGAUCCCUGCCUGUCGGCUCUCCCAAAGGCACGGGCAGGAUGACAGUGGCGCUGUCCAUGAGCCCGUGCAGGCAGAGAUGGAGCCCUCAGGCAUCCUGGGCCCACCCCACGCUCCCUUGUGACUCGGGCUCUUGCUGUUCUGAAGCCCAAGAGACUCCUCAGUGUUGUGCCUGGCUGGUUGUGUGGCGGGAAUUGUUCUGGGAAUGGUGGGGAGGGAUAGGGAAAAGCAGUGUUACUGGAAAAGGGUUGGUUCAAGAGUGUUACUCUGUGUUACUACUGUACGUGUAUUGCGUUGCCCAGCAGUGGGGUUGGGUUUUCUGGCUGUUGUUGCCAUAUUUUUAUGGCCAUGUCUUGUAUGACUGAUCUACCCUGCUGCUUGUUCAAGGAUGAUGGACGGCACUGCUUUGAAGCACAGCAGAAGUGAUGCUUUGGGCAAUUAAAAACAUUUCUUACAACCCUA